UGUGAAUUUACAAGGCUUUGUCAACAUUGACUCCUAUUCGUUGUCACGGGUCACGUGAUUAUUGUGAAGAUGGCGUCUCCGAAUGGAGGUGAUGAUUUUGAAAGCUCUUUGCUUAGUUUAGAAAAGCUGGACAGAGCGUCACCAGACCUGUGGCCUGAGCAGUUACCCGGAGUUGCAGAAUUUGCUGCAUCCUAUAAAAACCCCAUUACAAGCUCUCCCCCUAAGUGGAUGGCUGAAUUGGAAAGCGAGGACAUCGAGAUGUUAAAAGAGCUGGGUAGUCUGACAACAGCUAACCUGAUGGAGAAGGUCAAAGGACUUCAGAACCUGGCUUACCAGCUGGGUUUAGAGGAGUCACUCCUCAUUUUCAUCGGCUCAUCAGGAGGACAUCAGGUGCUGCAGAUACCUGUUAAUCACUCAGUCAUUCAAGUCAGGUGUGUGGCAACAGGGAAGCACUGGUGUUUAACAGGGAAACAUGGAAAACAUGCAGGACAGUGGGCCCUGAGGACCAGGGUUCAGCUUUUUAAAACAAAUCUUCAAAAUCAAAAAUAACCUUCUGGUAUCUUCAGAUCUCACUCAGAUUUACCAGAGAUCAUUACAGAUUGACAAAAAUAUAAUUUCUUUGAAUGUUGUGAUAUAUAUGGAUAUAGACUGAUGUGAAAUUGACAUCGUGAUGGGAAUUCUUUUCCAUAUUGCCCCACCGUUGGAUGUUAUGUUAGUUAUGUGACUUUCAGUCUGACUAUGAGAGGCUGAACUAAAUCAUCCAUGACGAGACAGGAAGUGGCACAGCCAUCCUUGGUUUGUUUCACACUUGGAGCCGAUCCUGAUUUGCAAAAAUCACAAACAAAAAGGAUGUCAAGACACCUUAAAAAUCAAAAUUAUACGGUCUGCUGCUGUUUACCAUUUCUGGUGUAACUGCUCUUAAAAAGCCAGGUGACACCAUCACACUGACAGUUUUAAGGUCACCCCAGUGUAAUUGCUUUCCCUCGCCUAAUUUUAAUAGCUUAAUUUUAAUCUAAACCACCCCUUGGUGUCCAGGAGUUGGCUUGACGACUUUGUUUAGGGUGAUUUGAAGAGACAGCAAAGUGCAAAAUGAAUCCAUCCCAAUCCAAUUAGCAUCAUCUUUAACCUUAUGAUGGACACUUCAAGGUGACGUAGCCCCCACGCCCAGAUGCACCAUUAUCAUUCCACCUUGACCGGCUCAUCGAAAUUACUAAAAGCUUCGUCUUUUUCAUUAACCGUCUUGAGCAGCUCGGCGUCUAAACCCAGAGAUCCCGUCACAAGUCCUACAGGUGGAAUGAAAAUUUCUUAUCUUUUAAUCAUAGUUUAUUGAAUAUUUUAGUUGAAUGGCUACAAGUCCUUACUUUUAGUUUAGUGAAUAUGAGUUUAUUUAUUUUCCUGCAGGAGCCAUAUCCCAUAAACACACACAAAAAGCAUCUUCUCUUCUUUGAUCUCAGCUGCUUGCAUGAAUUUUAGUCUCUCACUAAACUGCAGUCAUGCAUUCACAAGAUUCGUUGGUAGCUAACUUCAUCUCCGUUUUAUGCUUUCCAUGUACUGAACGAACAGAUGUUUGUUUAAAUUGCAUUCCCGUGUGACGCUGCAGAUAUUAAAUACAUGCACUGAAUGACUGAACAGCCUGUUUUGAUGUUGGAGCUGCAGGCGGAUGUCGUGUUGGACUGAUUAUGUGCAUCAAGGUUGUUAGAAGUUGGUAAAGAUGUGAAAAUCUGAAAGAAUUGUGCUUAAAAUGUGACUUCUUU